AUUCGAAGGUGCAUUCCCGAAACAGAAAUUGCAUCCAUUCUUGCUUUUUGUCACUCACAUGCAUGUGGUGGCCACUUUGGAGGGAAAUGAACAUCCAUGAAGGUACUUGAAUGUGGUUUUUGGUGGCCAAGCUUAUUUCGAGAUGCCCAUGUCUAUUGUCAAUCUUGUGAUAAUUGCCAACGCAUGGGCAACAUCUCUCGAAAACAUGAGAUGCCACAAGUUCCUAUGCUCUACGUGGAGAUCUUUGAUGUGUGGGGAAUAGAUUUUAUGGGACCUUUUCCUAAUUCCCAUGGAAAUCUAUAUAUUCUCUUGGCGGUAGACUACGUAUCCAAGUGGGUGGAAGCAAAAGCCACAAAGAGCGAUGAUGCCAAAGUGGUGACUGAAUUCCUCAAAACCUGCAUCUUCUCAAGGUUUGGAGUCCCACGCAUCUUGAUAAGCGAUAGAGGCACUCACUUCUACAACAAAACUGUGAGUGCCUUGUUGAAGAAAUAUGGCAUCACACAUAAACUCUCCACCGCCUACCACCCACAGACAAACGGUCAAGCCGAGGUAUCAAACAGAGAGCUGAAGUCUAUACUUCAAAAGACAGUAAAUCCAAACCAUAAGGAUUGGAGCCUACGCAUGGAUGAUGCCUUAUGGGCAUACAGAACCGCUUUCAAGACCCCAAUUGGAAUGUCACCCUAUAGACUCGUGUUCGGUAAGGCCUAUCACCUUCCAGUCGAAUUAGAACACAAGUCUUAUUGGGCGGUAAAACCCUUCAAUCUUGACAUGGAAAAAGCGGGAGAGCAAAGGAGGCUGCAACUCCAAGAACUAGAGGAGCUUCGAUUAGAGUCCUAUGAGAAUGCCGCCAUCUACAAGAAGAAGGCGAAGGUAUGGCAUGAUAAAAUGAUAAUAAGAAAGGAUUUCCAAGUUGGAGACAAAGUCCUUCUUUUUCUCUCACGCCUUCGCCUUUUCCCUGGGAAAUUGAGAUCACGAUGGGAAGGACCAUUCGAGGUGGUCAAAGUCUACGCCCAUGGAGCAGUUGAAAUAAAAAGCCUCGACACCGGAAAAAUCCUCAAGGUUAACGGACAUCAACUCAAACCGUUCCUUGAAGGUUUCCCAAAAGAAAACGUUGAAUGCAUGGAUCUCAUCGAUCCAAUCUUUGAAGAAUGAACACAACCAUGGCGUCGUGCCGCGACGUUAACUAAGGCGCUUCUUGGGAGGCAACCCAAGCAAGGUACGUUUUUUAUUUUGUUGUUAAUUCCCCUGUCAAAAAUUUCAGUUUCUAUUUUUGCGAGGUUGAGAGAGAGGGCACUAAUCACAGGUUUUGGAAAAGAAAAAAAAUGCAGGGUUUGAAGCAUCUGGGGACAUACCCGAUCGAGUACCACCUUAUACUCGGUCGGGUAUGGCCAAAAGAAGGGGAACCGGGCAUUACUCGAUCGAAAAAGUAUUCAAUUUUUGAAAGAAAAAAUGCAUACUCGAUCGGGUAUCACUAUAUACCCGGUCGAGUAUGCACAGAAAGUCGAAGUUCAAGGGAAACUGAUGCCCACAUUCGAUCGAGUACAGGGCUCGAAAAUUGAAAAACAAGGGAUACCUGAUCGGGUAUCACUAUACACCCGGUUGGGUAUGUACAGAAAGGCUAAAGUUGAAGAAAGCUGAUUCCCACACUCGAUCGAGUACAGGCCUCAAAACGUGGAAAAGGACACAUACCCGAUCGAGUAUUGUAUUAUACCCGAUCGGGUACCGGAGGGAGACUACUCAAAAAAACCCAGUUUCCAGCCAUACCCGACCGAGUAACAACACAUACUCGAUCGGGUAUACGGGCGUUUUAACCCCAAAACCACCCCAAACACUUCAUCUUCCCCAAAUUCCAAAACCCAAUUUCAAACCCCUCUCCUCAACCUCCAUUUUUAACACUUCUCUCUAUCAUAUCUUCUCCAUGUCUUCAGCAAAUCACCCCAUUCCAACACCAAAAUACUCCCCUCAUCUUCCUCUACACACCCAUACCCACCAAUCCAACUUUCCCCCAGUUUCAAGAGGUCCGAAAAACCCUACCCCAACUUUCAAUUUUUCGGAUUUCAAGCUCAAAAUCAUCCAAAAAUGGCACCAAGGAAGGAAAAAGGGCAGAGCUCCAACACUAUGGCAUCCAUCUCAGGCUACGAUCACAUCAUCUUCGCCAACAACGAACACCGAACCCGCUUCAUCUCCACCAUUGCAAGGCAAGUAAAACCCUCUCGUUUUUUAUGCCAUGAUGCUCUCAAUGAGUUAGGAGUGUAUAAGAGCAUUAGAAAAUUUUUUCAUGAGUUGAGCAUGGAUCGUGUAUUCAAAAUGCAAUAUCACUCUAAUGAAAAAAUAAUCUAUGAAUUCAUGAGUUCGGUGCAAUUUGAGACCGAUGAAGCUGAUUUUAGGGAUGAUAAACUCAAGUUUCGUCUUUUUAACCGCAACCACUCCAUAAUGAAACUUGAGUUCGCCGAACAUUUUGGUAUUCCAGUCCCCUACCAAAAAUCUAUAUCCGAUAAUACCGCUUUCGGCCAUACCAUGUGGACAAAGAUGACCGGGGAGACUAAAUUUAGCUCCUCCCAACUGUAUAUUAGUCAUGUCCAACAUCCCGUCCUCCGCUUAUUCUUGAAAUUCCUUGCCAAUUGCUUGCUUGGACGUCCCAACAACCAUCACACUAGGAUGGGGGAUGUAUGCCUGAUGUCUGUGACCCUAUUCCGUGUUCAUGUGGAUUUCAAUAUGUGCAAUCUUAUGCGGGCACAUCUGAAAAAGGAAAGCAUAGCCAAGGGUGCUAUUGUUGUGGGUGGGGUGAUAAUGCACUUAGCCACCAAGUUCGGGUAUACAGAUAACUCUCCUAUACCCGACUAUUGUUCGAUGAACAUAUCUUGGUUGGGCCAUUCGGGAUGUACAGCCUUUUCCCACACUGUUUACGGUGGAGAGAGACCAAAAAAUAUGUACAACUGGCUCAUACACCCCAAGCCUCUCAAAUACUUCCUCCUACUCAACCAAGAAAUCCCCAAACUGCGCUACAGAGAAACAGUAGAGGAGCCCCAUUACCUCUUCACACACGCCCUUCCACCACAUCUCCAAGAACCGGAGCAAGAGCCUCCCCAAUACCAACCCGAUUACAAACCCUGUGUUCAUCCCCAUGGCCAUGAAGACAUGAACAACGACAUCCCCGAACAAAAUCAAAACCCUCCACCACCCGACUUCUUUCAACAACUUUUGGAGGGUCAACAACAGUUUCUUACGGGGUACACUCAAAUGAACGAGAACUACAUGGCUAUGGACAACCGGCUCAACCAAAUACAGGAGGAGCAAAGGACCGGUUUUCAGCGAUUGGAGGAGCUCCGGGAAGCCGAUAGGCAUUGGUAUGAAGAAGACCAAUGUAGGUUCUACGGACCUAUGUACUCUUACAUGGCACAACAGGGAUCUUUUCAUACCAUGGCGAACCCCCCUCCACCACCCUCGUGGUAUGACCCCACUCAUUGGGGUAACUUUGGAGGAUCUGACUCCGGGGUGGAGGGUACGACGGCGGAGAUGGCGAGGACACAUAUAUGGGAGAUGGCGGGCAGGGGAGCGGCUUCGGAGGCAGCUACUACGGCGGAGAAGGCGGGCACUAGGGACAGUGCUUGAUCCAAGUGCGGGGGAGAGACUCAUCAUGGCACUCGUUGUAUCUCUUUGAAGAAUAAGAAGAUUCAGAAAACAAAGAAGAAGAAGAAGAAGAGAGGAGGAGAAGAGAAGAUGAACACUAGAAGGCCGUAAAACCCAAGAUGUUCUUUGUAAUUUGAGUUUAAAACUCAUUUUUGUUAUCCUUGGUGGUCUUUGUGUUUGUAUGUUUUGUUUAAACUGUGGAAACUUUGGAAAAACUUGACACUUCUGAACAUUUGAUCUUACUCGAGGACGAGUAAAGAAACUAAGUGUGGGGGAGUUGAUACGUUUGUAAUUUCCAUAUGUAUGUUUGUGUUUUUAAUUAGUUUUGCUUGAUCUUUACUUUGGAAAUUACACACUUUUGG